AAAGGCGUCAGAAAGCAGUUCGCCAUGCUCAGGGCCGUCCUUCUCCUCGCCGCCGCCGGCGUCUCUGCCGCCUUCGCCCCUGCUGCCCUCCCAGUCAAUGCAGGAUCCAGAGCUGCCAUCGCUCGUGGACCCCGCAUGCAGCAGAUGUCUGAGGCUAUCCCAUUCUUGGAGAAGCCCAAGAAGCUCGACUCCAGCAUGCCAGGAUACGCUGGAUUUGAUCCCCUCGGCUUCUCUGACUAUUACGAUGUCAAGUGGCUCCAGGAGGCCGAGAUCAAGCACGGACGCAUCUGCAUGCUUGCCGUCGUUGGCAUGUUCCACCCUGAAAUCGCUAAGCUCCCCCAGUUCGCUUCCUUCUCUACCAACCCCCUUGAGGCCUUCUAUCAGCUCUCCUUUGCUGGAUGGCUCCAGAUCUUCGUCUUCAUCGGCAUCUGCGAGUCCUUCUCCUUCGAGAAGGUCUACUACACCGACAAGGCCCCUGGCGACCUCGGGUUUGAUCCCCUCCGCCUCGGAUCCAACCCCGCUUCCCGCAAGUACUAUGCUAACGCUGAGGUCAAGAACGGACGCCUUGCCAUGAUCGGAUUCGGAGGAAUGCUUCACCACGCUCUCUUGACCAAGAUGGGACCCUUCCAGCAGAUUGCUGAGCAGAAAUUCUACCCCACCGGAUUCGCCGGUGGCUUCUAAGCGGUUGACUUGUCUUUGGGGAUGUCCUGAGCUCCGGAGAUUCUGCGUGUAGCUUGUGUGUGAUUCUUUGUCUGAUGUGAUAUGUACAAUACAUGCAGAACUUCGAGCAGAA